AUGGAGGAUGUUGAGCAUAGAAUAGGCGAUUUAAACUGGAAAAACUGCGGAAAGAUCGACCAGUUAGAGGCCAUUAACGAAUUUGGAAGCGAUCGUCUCCUAAAGAUCGAAAUUGAGGCUGCAAUCGCAGAAAUAAUAAAACCUAAAGAUGUUUUAAAGGCUCUAGAAGGAGUAGAGACUGAUUCUGACGAGGUUCCUAUCGAGAUCAACCAUUUGAAGCUCCUAUGCAACUUCGUCACUCCAAAGGCUGACACGUUUGCUCUCGGGAAACUCCCAAAUGAGACUCUAGACAUUACUGGACAGUUUCUUGGUACACUUUACGUUUCAAGGGACCGCAGAGUGCCGUCCACUAAGGCUGAAGAUACAACGUGGCAAAGUAUGCCCAGUUUUAAGGAGUUUAGGAGGGUAACUCCUGUUGGCGCUUCAGCCUCUAGAAAUAAGGGGUAAUGAAUGAAUGCGUAAAGCGAGAGCAAUGAAUGAGCACCGUCGUCGGACGGAAUGGACGACUAGUAGACAGGAAGGAAGAUAGGCGGAGCAACUGAGGUUUUAUAUGA